AUGCGUUUCGCUAUUGCCGCCACACUAGGGCUGGCCGGUGCGGUCGCUGGAAACCUACACCCUCGCUCUCAAGAAUCCCGCGACUUUUUCGCUCUCCACCUCGAUGACACCACCUCUCCUUCCCACAUCGCACAGGUCUUAGGCGCCCGCCACGAGGGCCAGAUCGGUGAACUCGAUGGUCACCACACCUUUUCCCUGCCUCGGGGACAAUCAAUCGAGACAGAUACCCUGCUAGAUGAUUUGAGGGUGAAGAGGAAGCUCCGACGGCGGUCCGGCGCAAUCGACACGCAGAGUGACGAUCCACUGCAUGGAGUCCUGUGGUCGCAUAAGCUCGCCCCAGCAAGACAAAGACUUCAUAAACGGCUACCUCCGGUGUCGGUACCCUACGAAACCUUGGACAAGCGAAAGGUGGACGCGCAGGCCGCUGCUGCCCAGAAAAACGUCAUGUCCACCCUAGGAAUCAACGACCCCAUUUUCAAAGAGCAAUGGCAUCUUUUGAACACCCUGCAACCGGGCCAUGAUCUCAAUGUGACCGGUCUUUGGUUAGAAGGCAUUACAGGCGAAGGAAUCGCUACCGCGGUGGUGGACGACGGUUUGGAUAUGGACAGCAAUGACCUGAAGCCAAAUUAUUUCGCGGAAGGCUCAUGGGAUUUCAACGAGGGAGGCCCCGACCCUCGUCCUCUUUUACUUGAUGACAAACACGGUACUCGAUGCUGCGGCGAGAUCUCAGCGUCCAAGAAUGAUGUCUGCGGCGUGGGUGUUGCUUACGACAGCAAAAUUGCCGGUAUUCGAAUCCUCUCCAAGCCCAUUGAUGAUGUUGACGAGGCGGCUGCGAUCAACUACGGAUACCAAAAGAACGAUAUCUAUUCAUGCUCGUGGGGCCCAAUUGAUGACGGUGCUACGAUGGAUGCGCCCGGAAUCCUGAUUAAACGAGCCAUGGCAAAUGGCAUACAGAAGGGCCGAGGCGGCAAAGGCUCGGUCUUCGUAUUUGCUGCCGGCAAUGGUGCACUAUACGGCGACAACUGCAACUUCGACGGUUACACCAACAGCAUCUACAGCAUCACAGUCGGUGCCAUUGAUCGACAGGGCAACCACCCCACGUACUCGGAGUCAUGCUCGGCCCAGCUUGUUGUAGCAUACAGCAGUGGGUCUGGGGACGCAAUCCACACCACUGAUGUGGGCGCUGACAAGUGCUUCUCUGGACACGGUGGUACUUCCGCAGCUGGUCCUUUGGCCGCAGGAAGUGUAGCGCUGGCGCUCAGCGCACGGCCAGAGUUGACCUGGCGUGAUCUCCAACACAUCAUGGUGGAAACUGCUGUCCCCGUGAGCGAAGACGAUGGCAGCUGGCAGAUACUGCCAUCUGGUCGCAAGUUCAGCCAUGACUGGGGUUUCGGCAAGGUCGAUACCUAUACCAUGGUCCAGCGCGCUAAAACGUGGGAACUUGUGAAGCCGCAGGCAUGGUUCAAUUCGCCUUGGUUGAGAGUACAUCAAGCGAUUCCCGAGGGUGACCAGGGUCUCCUUAGUCAUUACACGGUAACUGAGGACCACAUGAAGAAGGCCAAUUUUGCCAAGUUGGAACAUGUCACUGUGACUAUGAAUGUCAAUCAUACCCGCCGUGGUGACAUUAGCGUUGAGCUACGCAGCCCCGGUGGCAUUGUGAGCUACCUGAGUGUUGCUCGCAGAAAUGACAACAUGGCGACUGGUUACAAUGAUUGGACUUUCAUGUCUGUUGCUCACUGGGGUGAAUCUGCCUUGGGUGAAUGGUCGGUCAUUGUGAGGGAUACCGACAAGAAUGAGAACACCGGCUCUUUUGUCGAUUGGCGGCUGAACCUUUGGGGUGAAGCUGCUGACGGGUCUAAGCAGCCACCCCACCCUCUGCCUGAAGAGAAUGACGAUGAUCACCCUUACGAGGAUGCCCGUGUGGCCACGACCAGCGUCGCAUCGUCCCCUGUAAAGACCGGAGCUCCCGAGAACCCGGACGACCAUCACGACCGACCCGUGAAUGCCAAGCCACAGGAGACCCCAACGCCAGUACCGGAACCCAAGCCAGAGUCCGAAACCAAGCCGGACUCCAUCCCGAUUGAAGAUCAGAAAGAACCCACCAACACCUCCGGUGGUGAAACCGCCUCACCUUCACCCUCCUCGUCAGACUAUAUAUCAUCAUACCUCCCCACAUUUGGUACCUCCAAACGUACCCAGGUUUGGAUAUAUGCCUCUUUCGCAAUGAUAGUUGUUUUCUUCAUCGGACUGGGUGUCUACUUCCAGUUGCAACGAGUCAAGCGUCGUCGCACCACAGCUCACGAUGACUACGAGUUUGAAAUGAUUGAAGAUGAGGAUGAGACACAACCAAUGGCAGGAGCCUCUGGCCGGACGCAGCGCCGGGGUGGUGAGCUGUAUAAUGCAUUUGCCGGUGAAAGUGACGAGGAGAUGUUCAGUGAUGAUGAUGAACCCUACCGAGACGGGUUGGCCAAUCACCCAGAGAGACCUAGCGACGAUGAAUCGCCUGAUAGGCGUCAGGAAAAGCCUUAG